GCACUCGACAAAACCGAGGGGGAGCCGCCAGUCUCCGCUGGUACACCGAGCUGCGUGUUACUCUUCCUCGUUCACGUACGCGCUUUCAUCGCAGGCUCAGAGAUAAUCGACAGGACAGGAAAGAAUCUGCCGAGAGAGACCGAGAGAGAGAGAGAGAGAGAGGCAUACACGCACACGAAAAGCUCCACUCUCGUCCGUACGAUACCGUUUCGGCGGCACACGUUUGCGUACGCGCGCGCACGCGGGGCAUACAUGCGUACAACACGCGUGUAACGGGCCCGGGAUCCCUAGGAUACCUCGUAGAGACGCGCGUGGAGGAGCACCGCACCGCAGGGACGGAUUACAGGGACGCGUUUGUGGGUGCUCGAAGCGGCAAAAAGCACCGAGGAGUAACACGUACAGGUGUGUAUCCAUCGCCGCGCGCUAGAGCGCACGUGUCGCACUGACGAGCAACGUGUGCACGCUCGUGACCGCGCUCGCUCCGCGUGCCGCUCCGUGUCGCAUGCGUGUGCUUGUGUGUGCAUACGCGUGUGUCAAGAAAGAGGGGAGGCGACAUAGAGGCAGAAGUGCUGAGUACCUCGCGGAGUUGAAGGACGUACGCGAAACUCAAGAAUAGAACAGAAGCAGAUCUCCAGUAGCGAACAAUAAGAUCCCCAGACAUCCAACCACUCUUCGAAUUGCAAGACGACAGUCAGCGCACGCUGAAGAACCGGCCGUCGAGUCACCGCCGUCGUGAUCCGGCAGCUCCGUUAAAUCGGGGGCACUCACCACCACCCGGAACAAUCCCUCGCCCGUGGCAAAACGGCCGAUCGUGCGGACGUCCUCGGUACUAUCCCGGCGCGGCCGCUACGUGCGACGACAACAGCCCGAAGAUUCUCCCACCGAAGGCCAAAAUGCACAUCGAGGUGCAGGUGGCGCUUAACUUCGUGAUAUCAUACCUCUACAAUAAACUGCCGCGCAGACGGGUCAACCUCUUCGGCGAGGAACUCGAGAAGGCGCUCAAGGACAAGUUCAAGGGUCACUGGUACCCGGAGAAGCCGUUCAAGGGCUCGGCAUUUAGAUGCCUCAAGACCGGCGACCCUGUCGAUCCGGUGCUGGAGCGCGCUGCGAAGGAGAGUGGUGUGCCGAUCCAGGAUAUCCUUGAGAACCUGCCAGCCGAGUUGGCUGUCUGGGUAGAUCCUGGUGAAGUGAGCUACCGCAUCGGCGAGCUGAAUGCCGUCAAGAUCCUCUACUCCGAAACCGGCGAUCCGCACGACGAGACCUCGGCCGAUCGCGAGGUCACCAAGACCUUCAACCCGGAGGCGCAGUGCUUCAGGCCGAUCGAGGCCGUGAACACGUCCCUGAGCGGCCUCAGCCUCAGCCCCAAGUCCACCUCGCCGUUCUCGAGCUCGCUCGGCAGCAACGCCAGCAACGGCUCGUCCAACAAUCAGCAGAACGGCCAUGGCUCCGGUUCAUCGUCGGCGCCCUCGCCCACGCCCAUCACUAACUCCUUCAAGGGCUCGCCCAGCCCCGUGCCGGCCUUCAUCCCGCGCACCACCGCCCCGCUCACCUUCACCACCGCCACCUUCGCCCAGACCAAGUUUGGCAGCACCAAGCUCAAGACUAGCAGCAAACGCGCCAACAGGAUGUCGCCCACCGAGUUCUCGAACUAUAUAAAGCAGCGCGCGGCGAUGCAGCAGCAGAUCCACCAUCACCACCACCAUCAGCAGCCGCAGCAGCACCAGCAGCAGCCGCAGCAGCAGCAGCAGCAGGCGACCGCCGCUGGUGCAGGGCUGCCGGUCUCGCAGAGCUCGCCGCGCAGUCGUAGCCUGUCGCCCGGCAGCAUAGUCGCUGGUGCCGGACAACAGCACACGGACCCGAGUGCUUACUUCUUCCAGCACGGCCCGGCCGCAGCGGCUGCGGCGUAUCACGCGCAGUUUCCUCACCGUAACAUCUUCGACUCGUCGAGCCACGGCGGCUACCUGCCGGCUGAUCUCUACGCUGGCGCCAAGUUCCCGUCGUCCUACCUCGACCCGACCGCACUCGCCGGUCAUCAGUUCUACGGCGGCAGUGUGAACGGCACCGCCGGCACCCAGAGUGCCGGUGGCAGCGUGAACGGUACCGGUGCCGGUACUCAGAGCGCCGGCAGCGGCAACCUCGGCCCGAUCGGCACCACGACAGCCAACGGCAACGUCAACGCCGCCGCCGCCGCCGCCGCGGCUCAGCAGCAGGACAAGAACGCCCUGGUCGAGGGCCUCAACAACUUCGGCCUCGGCUCGGUCGCGCCCUACCCGGCCAGCCAGUAUCAGCACCUGCUCGUGGCCAACUAAUACCUCGCCGCGCGUGCUCAUCAUGCCGUCAGCAAUGUCGCUGCCGCGGGACACGGCGCCGUACUCGCGCAGCGUCCCGAAGGGCCGCGUGUCCUCGUCCUCGGUGCCGCUGGUUCGGCCGAUAGGAAGGAGAGGAGACCGUCGCCUCCGAGACUCCGUCGCCGCGACGGCGUCCAGAGUCCGGCUUCCGUACCCUGAUAGCGAGCCACGUCGGCCAGCUCGAUCGCGCUCCGUCUCUCCUCCCGACGAAGCUCCACGUGGUAUCCGUCGUCAAGUCGAUACCAAUACACUUCCCUCCCACGAUUCCCAUCCAGACGCUUGUCGGAGACAAGCUCCUUCGUUCGAUCUCUUUUAAUCCGGGGAGCCCGGAAACACUUUGUUACUUGCAUUGUCGGCGGCGAAUCGUGAAAGGUACAUACAAACGCAUGUUCGACGAACACGGGAGGAGAGAUGGAGAGCGAGCGGAGAAAGAGAGAGGCCCGCGCCGCACGACCGGCACCGAUGACGAUCACGGAAACGAUCAAGGCGAGGAAAGAAGGCGCAACAGAACGGGGAGCGUGUGCGUGUGAAGACGAUGUCUGGUUAUGAGGUACGCCUGUUGCGAGUAGCGUGUGCGUGCGGAACAGUUUUAGGCGUGGAGGAGAGAAGAGGAAGAGGGAAGGUGGAAGGAAGGAAGGACAGAAACGGCCGACUAACGAGAGCGUGUACAUGUGCUGAAGCUGAAACACCCGAUAAGGACUCGAUUGCGAUGGCGCAAGACGCUCGUUCGAUGAAAGCCACCGUGCGACUAUUACCACCCGCAGUCACAUGCGUAUCAGACACAGGACAUACACACACGACACAGAAAUUGCGUGCGUAUGUGUAACGUAUCGGCGGACGUUCGAACGACGCGUCGUGCGCCGACACCUGGGACAGCAAAGACACUCGACGCGUUACACGUAAAAAUACAUGCGACACACACAUACACACAGUCGUACACACCGAUCUCCUCUUACACACCCGGUACAUGCGAUACGAACCCACGCGGGCACACGUAGACCGCCACACGUCACACGCGAGCAUCCAUGCACGAGACACUAAGGGAAAAAAAUAAGAAAAAAAGCAAAAAGAAACCACAUAUACGCGACACUUGACCCACACAGAUAUUACCAACGUGUAAUAAUUUAUUUUUUCACUGGUAUAGUCGGAGAAUUGAUAAUGGAUAUAUCUGUAGAGCCUAUGUAUUAUAUUCAAGAUGCACUCACUCUUCACGGGUUCUCGCGAAACGGUAGGAACUAUAACACUUGUCCCCCCCGCACCGCUCGUGUCGCGAGCCGAGCGAGCCGUCGAGAGAGAUUCGUGGACCGAUAGGUCGAUGAAGGUAAGGUGUCUUCCAAUCUUCUUUCUCCAUCUCCAUCGAACAGCGAGGCGUCGUUUCGUUUCGCGCGAUACACAGCCGACACGUAGCCGAGCAACGCAGAAGCUAUUCAGGCACUAAAUACGUAAAGCGCGACUUUCAACGAGUCGGGGAUCAGAUCGCGGAUAGCUUCCCCGCGGAGAACCUUACGUCGUAUCCAGAUAAAAAGAAAAAAAAAAGAAAGAACCCAGACGAGAGAGACGGCCCGUUCAUUCGCACGAGACGGUUAAUAGGACGAGGAGGAACAACGCGAUCGGAGAACGAAGGACCGAUCCUUCCACGAGUAUAGUGAUAAUAUAGGCGAAGUGAAAGAGAGAGGAAGAAAGAAACGAGCUCGCAGUUUUAUACCGUUCGGAAAACUCGUCCUCGGUACGAUUUUACAUUUUAUUUUUAUAAUAAACGCAAGUAGAACAUAGGAGAGAAGCGAGAACGAAGCGAGAGUGAGGGAGAGAAAGAGAGAGAGAGAGUGCAGCGAGAGUGAUAUGCAGGGGACGAAGAGAGGAAAAGGAACAGAGGGGAGAAGUAGAGGGCGAGAUAGGAAAAGAGCCAACCGGUGUGUUCGUAGGGACGUAAGUGGCCUCGUUGCUGGCCCUUCGAUGUUUGCUCGCCUGCGCCUGCGAGCCGGCCCCCGCCCGCCGCAGAAAACCCAUCGGGAAUCGAUUUCCUUUUGAGAUAUUGCCUUUCGAUUUGACAUCCGGAGUCGAUGAUCCUCCGAGCUGUCGGGGACCUCUCCGAAUCGUUAAACCUCGAUGACCCGCUGCCGCGUGUUUCUAUUCACACACGCGCAGCUCAUAACGCGAAAUCUCUUGAUUAGCUUUCGAUCAUUACGGUAUUCUUUAUGCAUCAUCUUCAAAAGAGAGAGCAGAGUUUUGAUAUUAUCGCAGUCCUCGUUUUGCGCGUCCGGACGAACGGUCAUCGACCCUCGUUAAUUAUAAAACGAAUUAUUUCGGAUAAAAUAACGAAGCGCGAUUUCAAAUCUAGCAGUAGUUUACGCGGAGUUGAUCACUCUUGGUAAUAUCCUCUCAAUCAAACGAAACAGAGUCGCCUGCGGAGCUUUACGGUGCUAAGGAAAAGAAGUACAAAGAUAGCAAGAGUCAACUAAAAGUAGAGUAAACAGCAGGCGAGGCAGAUACGAGAGAGCAACGUUGCCGCUUAACGUUCACGAGGUUAAUUAGGUGAUUACGUAAUUAAAGGCCGCGCGUUAUUGUCUUCGUCGGCGAGGCUUACGUGCUCCGAUGGCGAGGAUCGUUCACAUGUCGAAACCCAGUCGCGUUUGCUUUCAAUUACAGCCAGGAGGAACACGAAAUUUCAACGUGAUUCCGUUUUUAAAUUCCGCAUUUAAAUAAUUAAUCGAAAUUAAUUGAGUUUAAUUGAAUACUUUCGUAAGAGGCUUAUAUCGUUAUAGUUCAAGUUUCGCUUCAACUUAGGCUGAGCGCGAUCGACCGGAACUCCCGAGUGUUUAUCUUAAAACGCCACCGAAGCUUCGCUUCGUAAUGUUACUACUAGAAGCUACUAGAAGUUUUUGGUAUAUUAUGCAGAUGACUACCGAAGUUACGCUUCACAACGAAAAUUCCUCUUUCACUAGUCAAAACCGUCUUCCUUCCUUGAAAACCGCCUACAAAAAGAGAGAAUUACGGGUCGCGUUUUAAGACGAGCACGUUCUGGGCGUCUCAUCUGUGUUGCGAUUUCCAAAAUCGCCGAUCUGAACAUCGCUUGUACGUUUAUUUCGGUUUUCCUUAUCUCUCGCUUGAACUUUCUCGCAAACCCAUGAUAAAACCUUUAUUUCUCCUCGUUUGUUCGAGAAACGUAUUUCGUCGAUGAAAAUGUAAAUCGAUUUCCUCCGCAUGUAGGACGGCCGUGCCUCGCCGACGAGCGUUCUUGCGAUUAUCAUUCGCGACAGUAACGGCGGCGGAAGUGCCGCGAGCCGCGGGCCGCGGGCACUAGGUGCUAAAAGUAUUCAAAAGUGUUAAUCCUAUGGUCGUGGGACAAAACGCAAGGCACGAGCCCGGAUCCGGAGACCGCCGGCGCCGAUCCGCGCCGAUCCGCGCCGAUUUUCGCCGCGUCCCUCAAUCCUCCCUAGACUAAUUUCCAUAAUAUUCGUAAUACGUCAUUCUAGCCGUAGCGCGUAAAUGUCUAGCGUAAUUUCUAAAGUCGUGUCGUGUAUUUAGUCUCGUUCUUUCUUACGAACUUUUGUAUAGGCCUUUUUGUAAAUUACCCUGCUUACACGCGGACGCGGCUCCCAAAGCAGAUCGGCGUCGGGCCACCCUGGGCGUGUGCAGAUUAUUCUCGCGUGAGAAUGAGGUGAAUUUAUGAUUUGCGAGAUUUGCUCCGAGAUCGUACUUGAACUGGAUCUUGCAAAAUGUAGAUUCACCAGAUUCUCUCGCUGGGAUUUUUUUACGGCGAACAUCGCGAGAGAAUCAUCGCGUCAUUAUCUCGGAAAGAUGAAGAAUUGUUUUUUAUACGAUACCUCGGUCCAAUGUAGUUGAAGAACUUAGUCGAACGGCGCAAGCACGGGGUCGGCGUUUGGUCUCCGAGCGGGCUGGGGGUGAGAAACAAGUUUUAACCGCGGAACUAAUAAGGGUAGACGUGAUGAAGACGCUGAUGAAGAACAGAACCCUUUAGUAAUAUCUAAACUUAAUUGUAACUAUUAACGAUACGUACGACUGUGGUAGCUAUGCUAGUACCUGCUAUUGUUAAAGAAAAGUCGAUGAAGAUGCGAAUAAGAUAAGGACGACAAAGAGAAAUGAGGAGAGUACCGCCGGAGAAAUCGAAUUAUGGCAUAGUGCCUCAGUGCGUAUCGAGAUCAAAUCGACGAUGUUUCUUAUCGCGAACUCUUACGUGUCCAUUUCGAUAAUUUCAGCCGCACUUUUAAUACGAUCAUUUCUAUUAAAAGAUAUUGAAAAAAUUCAGAAAUUAUUAGUACAAUUCGCUGAAGUUGUAAAUAUAUUUACAAAUUCCAUUAUCUUUCUUUAUUGAAGUACAAUAUCGAUUAUGUACAUGGAAUUAACGUGUAACUUGCUUCCGAUACGCACUCGAGUCAUUGUGCAAUCGAGAGCAGUUUCGCACCGCGAUCUGUCAACGAGCCUCGCAAGACAAACGAUCCAAAGUCCAUCUUGCGAUAUCUUUCUUUAUGCGUCGAAGGAGUACAGUACCCUUUCCGUCGUCCCGCGCCUCGUCGAGAAGGCACGACGUUUAUUCUUGCAAUUUUUCUAAAUAUUUGCACGAUUCGUUUCAAACGGCACAGACUUUUCGCGGCAUCCCACGUCUCGCGGCGGUGAAAAUCGGAUCGGAGAUCCGUCGGUCGUGUUUUUUUCUCGUGGCGACGCGCGGUCCCGCGCGAGUGACGUCGCGUGCGAGAUGAAAUCCCGGACGCGAGAUAGAAGGAGCAAGGGAGGAAGACUCUCUCACCCUAACGAGAUCGCGAAAGUUUCGACAGUCCGCGGCCGCAGUUUGCCGACAUUUCGAACGGUGCAACCAUUGAAGUCGAGAAGACGAUGAAAAGAAGUUGGCACGCGGGUUCGCGCGCGCUUGGAUGGGGAACUUUCGAAAUCAUCACGCCCGCGGAAACUUCGCAGACUUUAAACGGGUUUCACCCCGUACUUUCGAACGGUAUUCGAAUGCGAAUAACGCGCCGGCCGGCCGGCGGCGUUUGUAAAAGCCGUCGACUUACGGUCGAGUACGCGAUCCGAAAGUUUCGCGCUCCAGCGAAAAUUCCUCGGCGUUAUUCGCGGGAGCGUCACGAGGACCGGGCGGCGGAAAAGGGGAUGACAGGAGGGCGGGAAGACGACGGAGCGCAAAAUGUGAAACGGCGAGGGUUUGGACGAGAAGGGUAGGAAGACGAGGCAGAGAACGAGAGUGGCAACUCACAAUGCAAUAAGUCGCGAAUCAAAUGGAUCUCGGCUUGAGACGAGAGGCUCAGAUUAGCGAAGAAUCAAACACGAUGUAUACUCUUAAAAAAAGGAAAAAAAAAACAAGCAAACAAGAGUGAAACUAAGAGAUAGAGGCGAGGAGACGAUGAGGGACACUGAGGGGGGUGGCGCGUUAUUGUGCACGAUGGGGCGCGCGGAUUAACGUGAGCGGGAGCAAAAAGGAGAACGAGGGGGAAGUUACAAGCGAGUCUAAUUAAUACUGAUAGAGCAUACAUUGAGAUACACAAAAAACAUAUAGUAUUAUAUAAGUUUACGAUACGAUUAUAAUGAACACUUUGUAAGCAAGGAAAAAAAUUAUGCAUAGUUUUCCAUACCCCGUAAUGGAUGUAACUCGUUGAGAGGGGAAGUUCAGACGGAAGCCACACAUAAGUAAGCACACGAAUGGUCCACACGUACGUACGUACAUAACGAACACACACACAUACAUAUUCACACGCAGAAUACACGGGCGGAAGGAGUUAUACAUGUACAAGCGCGUACACACGUACACUCGUUCGAAGCCACUCGGGUACACAUAAAAGUUAAUAAGAAAAAAAAAGAAGUCAGUAAUCUGUCUUUAAAGUAUCAUGUGUCUAUAAACUAUAGCGAUCGAUAUUGUCUCUUACAUAAAUGGCAAAAAAAAA